AUGGCCUCGACCCGAGCCAACGCCCUUCCCAAUUUCAUCCUCACCCCUCAACAGCAGAACCUACUGUUCCGUGCUCUUACUUCCAACCAGCCCGCCAACAACGGCAAUGAGUUCAACAAUGAGCUGUCCUUGUCACCCGGAUCUCUGACGACCUCCCCUGUUGCCCAGAUACAGAAGAACAACACCGGAGCCGACACCUCCAAUGCCAUUCAAGAGAGUCCCUACCUAGACUACGACUAUGAUUUGGGACCCGAUACUAGUUUCGACUUCGAUUUCAGCAAUGACGGCCAGGCAAAAAUGAUUGGAGAUCUACCAGGUUCUAGCUCUUCGAAGGAAGGCUCACAGGACGGCUCCAAGGUCAGCUCGCCCGACAACGAUGGCUCAGAUAAGAGAAGUCACCCUGAUGAGGAUGACGAGGAAGAGGAGGAGGGCGGCGGCAAGAGACGAGAGGGUGAAGGCAAGGUUUCGAAGAAGCCAGGCCGUAAGCCACUCACGAAUGAGCCUACUUCGAAAAGAAAGGCCCAGAACCGUGCUGCUCAACGCGCCUUUCGGGAGCGUAAGGAGAAGCACCUAAAAGACCUCGAAACGAAGGUUGAGGAGCUGGAAAAGGCAUCAGCUGCUAGAAACAACGAGAACAGUCAACUGCGCAGUCAGGUUGAGAAGAUGACGGCCGAGUUGGAACAGUAUAAGAAGAAGCUGUCCAUCGUGAACACCAACUCAAGGUCGGCGUCUGGUGGCGUUCCGCGAAACAACAGCUUUGGGACCGCUGCUGUGCAGAAUAUCAACGAUGUCAACUUCCAAUUCGAGUUCCCGAAAUUUGGUGUUCUUCCCGGACCUGCAGCAUCUGGUACUGGCGGAGCCAAGCGAGCAUCGGCAUAUCCUUCCCCAUCGUCGGGUAACAGUCCGAACGGUCAGACCAGUCCCAUGGAGAAGUCCAAGGACCAAGCUAUCCCCAGCUCCACGGAGACCCGCGAAAACUCAGACCUCCCCAAAUCUUCUGGCAUCUACAGCAAUUCGUCUCCUUACGACAAUGCCUACAAUGCCAGCGGCUCCAGGACGAGCCUGGACUCUGCUCACUACAGUGCCAAUGGGGCGAACGCUGGGUCGCCUUCUUCGUCAACAAACUCUCACACGGGUCCCAGCUCUUCUUGCGGCACGUCUCCGGAGCCAUUCUCACAGUCACCACUUGGCUUCAAGCCUUUGGAAACACUGACUACCAUUGGUGAAGAGCAGCCAGGUCUGACAAGUCUUGCCACGUCUAGCUUCGGCAACCUUGGCAACAGUAGUCUCGGCAACAUCGAUUUCAGCAAUUUUGACUGGCUGUCUCAACAGAAUGGCGGCCAAUUUGAUCCACAGCUGUUCGGUGAUUACCGCGAGCCACAAGACAACAUCUUGGCCAACACCAACUUCGACGACAGUUUCUUCAAUGAUGCCUUCGAAAUGGAUUUUACGACGCCGUUCAACGUCCCGAACACGAGUGCCACCAAACCAAAGAAGGACAUUUGCGCCGAGAUUGAUGCAGCGAAGGAGGCCGAUGAUACAGUUGUAGCUGCGCCCAAGGGCGUGUAUGCGCCCAAUGGCAAGCUCCUCACAUGCGGCAACAUAUGGGAGCAACUGCAAACAUGUCCCAAGGUCCAAUCCGGGGACCUCGACCUCGAUGGUCUCUGCUCCGACCUCCAAAAGAAGGCCAGAUGCGGAGGCAGCGGUGCUGUCGUCGACGAAUCCGACUUCAGAAACAUCAUGUUCAAGUACCUCGGACCUGACUUGAAGUGCCCAGACUCAGUCCAGUGA